AUUUUUAGGUUAGUGAAGCAAUGGCUAACAGUGUAAACAGUGGUGAUAAUAGUGAAGAAAUACCUGAAAAUAGGGAAUAUAAUCCUCAAUUAGAUUUCUUCAGUAAUAAAUUUGACCCUUUACUAGCUUUGACAACUCGUAAUAUAAAAUUACCUGGACUUAAAGUUAAAAAAUACGACAAUUUAGCAGCAUAUACAUCUGCUAUAGAUAGAGAGAAAAAUCCUGGUAAUUACACUAAAAAGAAAGUCGUUGAGCAAGAGUCUCUAAUAAUUGAGAGACGAUGGAAGGAGCAUCAAUUACCAAUUCCUUCGACUAAGAAUAGAAAAGUAAAAAAUAUUUUUACCAAAAUGGAAAAAGCAUGUGGACCAUUGGAAAUGUUAAAGAGGUGCGUGGAUGAAAAAUUUAAAGUGAAGAUUUAUACGAGAAAUGAUAGGGAAGUUCGAGGUUAUUGUAUUGCUUAUAUCAUUGCUUUCGAUAAACAUUUUAAUAUGGCACUGAAAGAAGUCACAGAAAAAUGGGUCAGGCGAAAGAAGCAGAAAACACCAGCGUUUGACAGUGUGGAACCGAUCAAAAAAACGAAAUUUCAAAGAAAAUUCCGACCUCCUGAAAUAAAAGUAACUCCCCAUGAAACUGACAAAAAAUUAGAAAAUUGCUCUAGGUACGUUAGCCAACUGAUGAUGCGAGGAGAACAUGUAGUAUUAAUAAACAUAAUAGAUGAUAGAAAUGAUGUAAAAAAGGUAAUGGAAGGUGUCGAAAAUAAACCUAGUGCAAAGAAAGAGAAAUUUUUUGAUAUUUUUAAAAAGAUGCAAGCUAAACUUGAUGUUGAUCCCUAGAAGUAGGAGGAUAUUAUUUAUUGUGAACUAUUCAGCGCCGCAACGUGACUUUAUAUGAUAAUUUUUUUGUACCAUGUUCUAAGUGGUCUAAGAUUUUGGUAAUAUAUGGUUAGGUUGUUAUAUUAUAUAAGUUAUUAUAAAUUAUUGAAUUUGUUAUAUCUCUUAUAUUUUUUUUAAUAAAUAAUUCUUCACAUU